AUGACUAACCCCUGCUCAGCCUUCUCCAGUGGCUCCCUCUCCUCCUGGGAGGUGGCAGGGAAGAUGAGCAGAGGAAGAGCAGCCAGCUCGUCCCCGGAUCGCCUGGGCCGCUGCAGUCCCAACAGCUUGGCCAGCAAUGGCUACGGAGAUGGUGGAUACCAGUGCUCCUCUUACCCCUCCUUCUCCAUCGACGGGAGACUCCUGACCCCCGUGCACCUCGACAUCGACCCCGACUUCCAAGCCAUGCGGCAGCAGGAGACAGAGGACAUCAAGUCGCUUAACAACCAGUUUGUGACCCUCAUUGAGAAGGUCCAGUGCUUGGAGCAGCAGAACAAGGUCCUGACGACAAGGUGGAACUUCCUGAAGGAUCAAAACAAUUCCCACUCUGAGUCGGACAUCAGGGCCAUCUACGAUCAGUACAUGAGCAAAAUGAACCAAGAGAUGAAGGCGCUCAACUACGAGCAGGAAAACCUGGAGUCAGAGCUGACAAAGGUCCUGAGCACCAUGGAUAACUUCCGAAGCAAAUACGAGGAUGAAAUUCGCCUCUGUAGCGGCAUGGAGUACACCUUCAUGGAGCUCAAAAAGGAUUUAGAUGUGAGCACCUUGCACAGAACUGAGCUGGAGGUGAAACUCAACGGGCUCCAAGAGCUGAUGGAGUUGAAGAAAACCAUCUAUGAGCAG